CUCCACGAUGCAGCUAUGGGCUGCACGGCCAGCAUUGUUCUGCGCCAAGCUUUGCGUUCUGUGGUCCAGAGGAGCUGUCCACACAUUUGUAGACGACGCCAAGAGGAGCCGUCCCACGAGAUUGUGCCUCUGGAGAGCGAGGACGAGAUGAGUAGACCCAGAACCCUCAUCAUCAUGCAGGAAAAGCCCAGACUUAUCGAGCCUUUGGAUUAUGAAACCGUCAUUGAAGAACUUGAAAAGACCUAUCGGAAUGAUCCCCUUCGAGAUCUCCUGUUCUUCCCCAGUGACGACUUUUCAACGGCCACGGUGUCUUGGGAUGUCCGAACAUUGUACUCAACAGUCCCUGAAGAUGCAGAACACAAAGCAGAAAAUUUACUGGUGAAAGAGGCUUGUAAAUUUUAUAGUUCCCAAUGGUAUGUGGUAAACUACAAAUAUGAACAAUAUUCUGGAGACUUCCGACAGUUACCCCGAGCAGAAUACAAACCAGAGAAACUUCCUUCACAUUCCUUUGAGGUGGACCAUGAGGACGCUGAUAAGGAUGAAGAUACCACCUCCCACUCAUCUUCCAAGGGCGGUGGAGGAGCUGGAGGAACCGGAGUUUUCAAGUCUGGCUGGCUGUACAAGGGGAAUUUCAAUAGCACUGUGAACAAUACCGUUACUGUUCGGUCAUUCAAAAAGCGCUACUUCCAGCUGACUCAGUUGCCGGAUAACUCCUACAUCAUGAAUUUUUACAAAGAUGAGAAAAUAUCCAAAGAGCCCAAAGGCUGUAUAUUUUUGGAUUCCUGUACAGGUGUGGUGCAGAAUAACAGACUAAGAAAAUAUGCCUUUGAACUGAAAAUGAAUGACCUAACCUAUUUUGUGCUGGCUGCUGAAACCGAGUCAGAUAUGGAUGAUUGGAUCCACACCCUCAACCGUAUCUUGCAGAUCAGUCCUGAGGGGCCACCUCAGGGAAGGAGGAGCACGGAGCUUGCAGACCUGGGGCUGGAUUCACUGGAUAAUUCUAUAACUUGUGAAAGCACGCCAGAGGAAACAGAAUCUUCAGAGAACAGCCUACACCCAGACUUUGCAAAAUACCUCACAGAAACUGAAGAGACUGUCAAAACAACAAGAAAUACAGAGAGGUUAAAUCUGUUCUCGCUGGAUCCGGAUAUAGAUACCUUGAAACUUCAGAAGAAGGACCUUUUAGAACCCGACUUUGUGAUCAAACCAUUUGAAGAAAAAGCUGCCAAGAGAAUCAUGAUUAUCUGUAAAGCUCUCAACUUAAAUCUUCAGGGAUGUGUUACGGAGAAUGAGAAUGACCCAAUAACGAAUAUUGAGCCUUUUUUUGUGAGUGUGGCACUUUAUGACCUCAGAGACAGCAGGAAGAUUUCUGCUGAUUUUCACGUGGAUCUAAAUCACACUGCUGUCAGGCAGAUGCUCUCAGGGGCCUCCGUGGCUUUGGAAAAUGGAAACAUUGACACUGUCACUCCAAGACAAUCAGAAGAACCUCGUGUCAAGGGAUUUCCAGAGGAAUGGCUAAAAUUUCCAAAGCAGGCUAUAUUUUCUGUAAGCAAUCCACAUUCUGAAAUUGUUUUGGUGGCCAAAAUCGAAAAAGUACUGAUGGGGAACAUUGCAAGUGGUGCUGAACCUUAUAUCAAAAAUCCUGACUCCAACAAGUUUGCACAAAAGAUACUAAAAUCCAACAGGCAGUUCUGCAGCAAGUUGGGGAAAUACCGCAUGCCGUUUGCUUGGGCAGUAAGAUCAGUAUUUAAGGACAACCAGGGAAAUGUGGACAGAGACUCAAGAUUUUCACCAUUGUAUAGACAAGAAAGUAGCAAGAUUUCAACCGAGGACCUGCUAAAACUAGUGUCUGAUUACAGAAGGGCUGACAGAAUAAGCAAAAUGCAGACCAUCCCCGGGAGUCUGGAUAUUGCUGUGGACAACAUUCCUUUGGAGCAUCCAAACUGUGUAACAUCGUCCUUUAUCCCUGUCAAGCCUUUCGAUGUGACGGCUCAACCAGAACCCACGGUGGAAGUGGAAGAGUUUGUUUACGACUCAACCAAGUACUACCGUCCUUAUAGAGUAUACAAAAACCAAAUUUACAUUUACCCCAAGCACCUCAAGUAUGAUAGCCAGAAGUGUUUCAGCAAGGCUCGAAACAUAACCGUGUGCAUUGAAUUCAAAAACUCCGACGAAGAAGGUGCCAAGCCAGUGAAGUGUAUUUAUGGGAAACCUGGAGGGCCUCUCUUCACCUCAGCUGCGCACACAGCAGUGCUGCACCAUUCCCAGAAUCCGGAUUUCUCUGACGAGGUGAAAAUUGAGCUCCCAACACAGCUCCAUGAGAAACACCAUAUUUUGUUUUCUUUUUAUCAUGUCACUUGUGACAUAAAUGCCAAGGCUAAUGCCAAGAAGAAGGAGACGCUGGAAACAUCAGUUGGAUAUGCUUGGCUUCCCCUCAUGAAACAUGACCAAAUCGCUUCUCAAGAGUACAAUAUCCCAGUAGCAACAAGCCUGCCUCCUAAUUAUUUAAGCGUUCAAGAUUCUGCAAGUGGAAAGCAUGGCGGGAGUGACAUUAAGUGGGUCGAUGGUGGAAAGCCGCUCUUCAGAGUGUCAACAGUGGUGGUGUCCACAGUGAAUACUCAGGAUCCCCAUGUGAACGCAUUUUUCCGACAGUGCCAAAAAAGAGAAAAAGAUAUGUCUCAGUCACCUACCUCGAAUUUCAUCCGCUCUUGUAAGAACCUACUGAAUGUGGAAAAGAUUCACACAAUCAUGAGUUUUCUGCCUAUCAUCUUGAAUCAGCUCUUCAAGGUGCUGGUACAGAACGAGGAAGAUGAAAUAAGCACAGCCGUGACCAGGGUUCUGACUGACAUCGUGGCCAAGUGCCAUGAGGAACAGCUGGACCACUCUGUCCAGUCAUACAUUAAGUUCGUGUUCAAGACCAGGGCAUGCAAGGAGAGAACUAUCCAUGAGGAGCUGGCUAAAAAUGUGAUUGGUCUUUUGAAAUCCAAUGACUCCACAACAGUAAAGCAUGUCCUCAAGCACUCUUGGUUCUUCUUUGCAAUUAUCCUAAAAUCAAUGGCACAGCACUUGAUUGACACAAAUAAAAUUCAGCUUUCUCGGACUCAAAGAUUUCCUGAAUCUUACCAGAAUGAAUUGGACAAUCUUGUAAUGGUCCUAUGUGAUCACGUGAUUUGGAAAUACAAAGAUGCACUUGAAGAAACAAGAAGGGCAAAUCACAGCGUUGCCAGAUUUCUUAAGCGCUGUUUUACAUUUAUGGACCGGGGCUUUGUGUUUAAGAUGGUUAACAAUUACAUCAGCAUGUUCUCCUCUGGUGAUCUCAAGACCUUAUGCCAGUAUAAAUUUGACUUUCUUCAAGAAGUAUGUCAGCAUGAACACUUUAUUCCUUUGUGUCUCCCCAUAAGAUCAGCAAACAUUCCAGAUCCCUUGACACCUUCAGAAUCAGUUCAAGAAUUACAUGCAUCAGAUAUGCCUGAAUAUUCGGUCACGAAUGAAUUUUGCCGCAAACACUUCUUAAUUGGAAUUCUGCUUCGAGAAGUUGGCUUUGCCUUGCAAGAAGACCAAGACAUCAGGCACUUGGCUUUAGCUGUCCUAAAAAAUCUCAUGGCUAAGCAUUCGUUUGAUGAUCGAUACAGAGAGCCCGGCAAACAGGCCCAGAUAGCAAGUUUAUACAUGCCCCUCUAUGGUAUGCUUCUGGACAAUAUGCCAAGGAUUUACCUGAAAGACCUAUAUCCUUUUACUGUCAACACAUCAAAUCAGGGAUCUAGAGAUGACCUCAGCUCCAAUGGGGGAUUUCACAGCCAGUCAGCUAUGAAACAUGCCAAUUCUGUGGAUACAUCGUUUUCUAAAGAUGUUUUAAAUUCCAUAGCAGCAUUUUCAUCAAUAGCUAUUUCUACAGUAAACCAUGCUGACUCCAGAGCGUCCUUAGCGAGCCUUGACUCCAACCCAAGCACCAAUGAGAAGAGCAGUGAGAAGACGGACAACUGUGAAAAGAUCCCUAGACCCUUGUCUUUGAUAGGGUCAACGCUUCGAUUUGACAAGUUAGACCAAGCAGAAACCAGGAGCCUUCUCAUGUGCUUUCUUCACAUUAUGAAGACAAUUUCAGAGGAGACGCUGAUUGCCUACUGGCAAAGAGCACCCAGUCCGGAGGUGUCUGACUUCUUCAGCAUCUUGGACGUUUGUCUUCAAAAUUUCAGAUACCUAGGAAGACGUAAUAUAAUCAGGAAAAUUGCCGCUGCAUUUAAAUUUGUGCAGUCCACCCAGAACAAUGGAACUCUCAAAGGCUCUAACCCUUCCUGCCAAACAUCAGGUCCCUUGUCACAAUGGAUGCAUACCACGUCCACUCAUGAAGGACAUAAGCAGCAUCGAUCACAAACUUUACCUAUAAUUCGAAGCAAAAACGCACUUUCUAACCCCAAACUCUUACAGAUGUUAGACAAUACCAUGUCCAGCAACCCCAAUGAAAUAGACAUCAUGCACCAUGUAGACACAGAAGCCAAUACAGCUACAGAGGUGUGCCUGACCAUCCUAGACCUGCUGUCCCUCUUCACCCAGACUCACCAGAGACAACUCCAACAAUCUGAAUGUCAAAAUUCCAUGAUGAAAAGGGUCUUUGACACCUACAUGCUCUUUUUCCAAGUCAACCAGUCAGCCACAGCCCUGAAGCACGUGUUUGCCUCCUUGAGGCUGUUUGUAUGCAAGGUAAGAGUGCUCCUGGUCCAGUGGAAGCCUGGAGAAGGAAACAGCAACUUCCCAGCAGAGGUGAAAGAUCUGACAAAACGUAUAAGGACUGUCUUGAUGGCCACAGCUCAGAUGAAAGAGCAUGAAAAGGACCCCGAGAUGCUGGUGGAUCUCCAGUACAGCCUGGCAAACUCCUAUGCAAGCACUCCCGAACUGCGCAGGACCUGGCUGGAAAGCAUGGCCAAGAUUCAUGCAAGGAAUGGAGACUUAUCCGAGGCUGCUAUGUGUUACAUCCACAUAGCUGCCCUCAUUGCGGAAUACCUGAAAAGAAAAGGUUACUGGAAAAUGGAAAAGAUUUGCACACCAUCCCUGCUCCCGGAGGAUGUCCACCCCUGGGAUAGCUACCCAUUACUAACAGCUCCUGGUGGAGGAAGCAUGUUCUCUAUGGGCUGGCCAGCUUUUCUGAGCAUUACACCAAAUAUUAAAGAAGAAGGAGCAAUGAAAGAAGAUUCGGGAAUGCAAGACACACCAUACAAUGAGAAAAUCCUGGUGGAGCAGCUGUACAUGUGUGUGGAGUUUCUUUGGAAGUCGGAGCGAUAUGAACUCAUCGCUGAUGUCAACAAACCCAUAAUUGCUGUCUUCGAGAAGCAGAGGGACUUCAAAAAAUUAUCAGAGCUCUAUUAUGACAUUCAUCGGUCGUACCUAAAAGUUGCAGAGGUGGUGAACUCCGAGAAGCGGCUGUUUGGCCGUUACUACCGUGUAGCCUUUUACGGGCAGGGCUUUUUUGAAGAGGAGGAAGGUAAAGAGUAUAUUUAUAAAGAGCCUAAGCUGACAGGCCUCUCGGAGAUUUCUCAAAGGCUGCUCAAGCUCUAUGCAGAUAAAUUUGGCGCAGACAAUGUGAAAAUAAUCCAGGAUUCCAACAAGGUAAACCCCAAGGAUCUGGACCCCAAAUAUGCCUACAUCCAGGUGACCUAUGUCACACCAUUCUUCGAGGAAAAGGAGAUAGAGGACCGGAAGACGGACUUCGAAAUGCACCACAACAUCAACCGCUUUGUCUUUGAGACGCCCUUCACGCUGUCGGGCAAGAAGCACGGCGGGGUGGAGGAGCAGUGCAAGCGGAGGACGGUCCUGACCACGAGUCACUUGUUCCCCUACGUGAAGAAGAGAAUACAAGUCAUAAGCCAGUCAAGCACAGAACUGAAUCCUAUCGAAGUGGCAAUUGACGAGAUGUCCAAGAAGGUUUCCGAGCUGAAUCAGCUUUGCACGAUGGACGAGGUGGACAUGAUCCGACUGCAGCUCAAAGUCCAAGGAAGUGUCAGCGUGAAGGUUAAUGCCGGGCCGAUGGCCUACGCACGAGCCUUUCUUGAAGAAACCAAUGCGAAGAGAUACCCUGACAACCAAGUAAAACUCCUGAAGGAAAUAUUCAGGCAGUUCGCCGACGCGUGUGGGCAAGCCCUGGACGUGAAUGAGCGUCUCAUCAAGGAGGACCAGCUGGAGUACCAGGAAGAGCUGAGGUCCCAUUACAAGGACAUGCUCGGUGAACUCUCCACAAUCAUGAAUGAGCAGAUUACGUACAGGGACGACCCGUCAAAGCGCGGAGCGGAGCGAACUUGCCCUCGAGUAACUAGCAGGCCGGCCCCGGCUCCGCCCACCGUGUCCAUCACGACCAGUGAGGAAGCCUGAGGGGGGCUGUGCACCAGACACCCUCCCAGGGACCCUUCUGAAUUUGCAGCUCAUCUCGGGGAAGAGACAGACUUAAUUUAUUUGAAGUUUUUAUAGUGUUAAUAUUUUUUUUACCUCGCUAGCUUGAGAAUUUCGCCAGCCUCCGGUUUUGCACAUUUCUUAUGAUUUUUUUUUCCUUUGAGCAGCCUUGAUCAAGCCAAGCUGAAUACUUGCCGUGAAAGUUCCAACGAAUAUGUAGCUCAAAAGCAAACCCUAAGUUUGCUGUCAGUUACAGUAUGUUCAAUACCAAGUCCAGGUACCCAUAUUUUAAAGGUCAAAGUGAAUGUUUUUGUAACAUUUAAGCACAUUUCAAAUGUAAAUAGAAGAUUGUAAAAUAUAUGGUUUUUACCAAAUUUAAAAGAGCCUUUUUAGUUAAUACUUAUGACAGUGCUAAAAUUAUAUGAAUAACAUUUCAGAUACCAUUAUAUUAAAAUAUUUGUGUAGGUGUACAAAAAUGUUGAUAAAUACUAAUCUUUAAAGUUUGUGGAAUUCCUUUAUUUGUAAUAUAUGUGCUCUCAAAAGCAAUGGGAUGUGAAAUUAUGUAUUUUGUUGUUAAUAGAAAUAAAAAAUACAGUUACUUUGCACUA